AUGAAACCCCCCUGGGCAGUUUUCCUCCUUUUACUGCUGGCGCAUUUUUUAACAUGUACUAAUGGGUUGAGAAAGAGGGUAGGGGGUGCCCCGUACGACUUCCUCCUGGGAAGUAGAAAUAACAAACAAAACGAAACGUUGAUACGAAGAAGGCACCAUGAGGUAAGAAAAAAAAGUGUGCAAAAAUUAAAAGACGUGAAGGAUAUGCAUGUGGGACAGCUAAAAGUGGGGAGAGUCGCAAACGUUGUUGAAAACGAAAUAUUUGUGAAAUUGAAAAAUGAUGAUAAUGAGCAAAUUAUAAUUAAGAGGGAGAAUAACUACCUGCUCGAAAAUGAACUGCUCUACGAAUAUUUAUAUAGGAACAAUUUUAUUGACCACGCAAUGUAUGCUAAACUGAUGCGGAAGGUAACCCCCCAAUGGAAAGACCAAGCCCCCUGUGUGCAAAAUGACCAUGUUAAAGACUGCCUUGUUCUCAUAAAAGAAGUGGAUGAGAAAAAUAGAAUAAUCGGAGAAUUAUACACAAACGAAAUAAACAAAAGGAAAGAAAAAAUUUACAACAAAUUAGACGAAUUGAAAAAUUCAGAAAAAAAAAUUUUCAUCCAAAUUGUAAAAAAUGUAAGGAAUAAAUAUUUUGUAGUUUUAAUAAAUGGAUGCAUAAAGGGGUACCUGCUCUACGACGAAAAUGAUGAGAAGGACAAACAGAAUGUGCAGCUCCUACAAGCGUCCAAAAAUGCAACGCACAAAAUAAGCGCAUACAUAAUUGAAGUGAAUAAAAAACUGGAAUAUGUCUUCUUAAGUUUACGAAAAAUCCCCGCUGAUGAAAUGAAUGAAAAAUUACGAAAUUUACAACAUACAAUUAUCGUGGAAAAUUUAUUCGAAAAUGUCUACUUCAAAGGGGAGGUCUCCGAUUUUUGUAACGACGGAAAUAACAUCAUAGUUAAUAUUUUUGAAAGCAAGGGUAACCCCAUUAAGGUAAAAAUAAAAUCCCAUAAUAUUAUCAACACGAGAAAUAUUUUGCGGAAUUUUGAUUAUUUGAAAAAUAAAGUUAUAACACAUGAGUUUGGCCUGCACAAUUCGGCUGCCGUGGAGGAGACCACCGAAGAUCGUCUUCCCAGCCAUAAAAUGGGACAACGAAGGGGGGAAGAAAGUGGGGAUGCUGUCCACACGGGGGAAGGUGGCCCGUUCGAUGCGCGCUACACAAAGGAUAUAACACCACAAGAGAAAAAAGCAAAAGGGUCCAUACGCCAGAAGGACUACACAGAUAAGUAUAAACAAUUCAAGCAAAACUUCUACGGGUGCAAUGAGGAAGAUGCUCUCAAAUACAUCAACGUGGAUGACUACAUUUUUAAAAAGGAAAAACUGCUAUACGUUCGAAUUGUUAACAAAACAUCGGACCCCAAUUUGUACGAAGGGAGCAUGGUUAACGCGGAUCCUAUUAACCACCAGAUAUAUGAGCUUAUAAAAAAAAUGUCUACUGACCAGAACGUCAUUCAAAAUUACAACCCCAUGUUGAGGUACCCCUCCAAGGUUCUCGCUUUCUUUAACAGUUAUGUGAUUCUCUCCACCAGGGUUUUGAGUCCUGAAGCGGCAGCAGUACAGGAAAGCGACCCUGAAAGAGGGGGGGAUGAUAAGACCUCUACCAGUGGCACCACCGGGUGUAACAAAAUCAACAAGGAACACGUAAGAGACGUCAUCACGCUGAUCGAAAAGCGCUACAUCGAUUAUGAAAAUCUCAAAGAAGGAGACAUUUUUUUUUGCAGAUUUGAUCACCUCAAAACGAGAAAUGCACGCAACAUUUUUAACCUCUCCAAUAGUACAAUUAACAAAAUUUUCAAUUCGUACUUUAAGAGGGAAAAGGACAUAAUGGGGUUGGUCGGCCGGCGGGACGAUGACUCCCCACGGUGGGAUAGGAACCCGUCCAGAGGGGAUGGAUUCAAUAUGGGUGAUCGCACCAAAUCACCGGAGCAGGAUAAAUCCCCAGUGCAGCAAAUCUUCGAAGAAAUAUUUUUCUCCAAGAGGGACUUCUACUUCAUGAGGGGAGAACUGCACAAGGACACUGAAUACCGCCUCAACAAAAACAACAUAGACAAAAAUUUCAAACUGCUAAAGCACAUAUGUGACACGUACUACUCAGGAAUUAACAAGAAUUACCAUCACUACCCAAGUAUACGCGAAGAAUAUAUUUUGGCCUACCUGGGGAAGGACAAUUACAAGCUGUACAGAAAAAUUGUAGCCGAUUAUUUCUCAUCGAAUGAGCAUUCCUACAAAGAAUUCUUGCAAGCAGAUUGUGAAGCCAUUCUUACAACCGUCUUCGAUGUGGCGUUUGAAAAUCCCAACGCAUUAACAGUCCAGGUGGUACAAAACUAUAACAAAGAGCUAUUUCGAAAAAUCUCCAUGCUAGACAUAAACGAACUAAACUACAUGCUGAAAGACCUAGAUAAAUUAAAAAAAAAAAUGUAUAUCUACCCGUGUAGCUACAAUAACAGAAUUGGACGGAUGAAUCUGAUUCUGAAUAAUAUGAAGCCCAUAAAAAAGGAACACAUCGAAAACAUGAACCUUCGUGAAGACGUAAAAAAUGAACUGCUAAACGUUUAUAAAAAUUUCGUCUUCCCUGAUGAGUACAUAAAAGAGACCAUUAUAAAGAAGAAACAGGCCAAGUGUCGGGAAAAUAGCAAAAUGCAAUCCAUAUACAUUUUGGCCGAGGAAACCAUAAACCUUUAUGAGAAUUCUGCCAAGGAUGUAGAACCACUCAGUGAGGAGCAAAUUGGCGUCAUCAGGGAUCACCUUUUGAAGAAACGCAGGCCCGUCCCGGGUGACAUGUCUGAAAAUGACUCCUUCCGGGGGGACCUCUUCGAGCCUGAAAACAGCCAAAUAAGGCGCCUCCUGCAUAUGAUAAAAGAAGACCUGGAAAAGCAGAAGAAGAAAAACAAGCUGGACGAAGUGGACCGUGAGUAUGAAGAAGAACAGAACAGUUACACCGAUGCCACGGACCUCUACAAGACGUACCCAGAGCUCCAAGAAAUGGACAGGCUCAGUGAGGACGCUUUUCAUAUGAAAAUUCCCUUUGUGGAAUGA